GUUGAUGAAAAAGGAAUGCGCUGGUUCUACAGUGGUGAUAUUGGAAUGUUUCAUCCUGAUGGGUGCCUUGAGAUUAUUGACAGGAAGAAAGAUAUCGUGAAGCUUCAGCACGGAGAGUACAUCUCACUUGGAAAGGUUGAGGCUGCACUCAUGUCGAGCAAUCUUGUGGAUAACAUAAUUGUGUAUGCAGAUCCUCUCCACAACUUUUGUGUUGCCCUUGUUGUGCCGUCACGUCAGGUCCUCGAAGGAUGGGCCAAUGAAUCCGGAAUCAAGUACAACGACUUUGCUGAGUUGUGUGAGAAAUCAGAAGCUAAAAAUGAGGUUCAACAGUCAUUAGCCAAG